AUGUCGUGUGUCCACUACAAGUUCUUCUCCAAGCUGACCUAUGCUGCGGUCACCUUCGAUGGCCUCCACAUCUCCCUGCGCGACCUCAAGCGCGAGAUCAUGUGCCGGGAGAAGCUGAAGGCGGCCAGCUCUGACCUGCAGAUCAGCAACGCCCAGACCAACGAAGAAUACACCGAUGAGAAUGCCUUGAUCCCCAAGGACUCGUCGGUUAUAGUCAGGAGAAUCCCCGCUGUAGGAGUUAAAGCCACCAGCCAAACGUCUGCUCGAAAUCAAACUGAGCCAGUGAUCAGAACACCAGAAGUGGUAAGGAAAAUCACAAUCUCCUACUUUUUCUGCACAUGGCACUGA